AUGUCUCUCUCACUCGAGCAUCUUGAUGCUUUUCUCCCGAUAACAGCGUUGAAGACGUUUGUACUGGGUGAUAGAAGAUUCAUCUUCCAAAGUCACGGCACGUUCUUUCGGGUGAUUGAUGAAACUACCGGUGUGGUUGCCGCUCAAGUUCAGAUUUUCAAAAGAAACAAUAUCCAUGGUUUCAUUGCUUUGAAUGAACGACCACAUGAUCCUGAUUCGAGCCAUGUCCAAAUUUUGGUCUGGGGUGGUCGCACAGUGCGAGUGGUCAACCUCUUUCUGGCCUCCGACAAUGAAGUCACUCUGUCGACCUCUAGUGCCGAAUUCACUGCUCCAGAUUGGAUCAUGAAUGGGUGCGCGGCUGCUGCAGGUGGUCAUUACGGGGCAUUUUUUAUCACCGCAAACAAUGCGCUUUUAAGCCUCGAAGUGGUCGACAGUGAGCUACCCGGGAGAAGCACAAGCAUAUCCAUUUAUCAACUGGCGACAAGUGUAAAGUCUAUCCUCUACUCCGCCGAUGUGAUUGCGCUUUCUUCCUCCCAUGUCCUUAUUGCCGCUGGUACCGUCUUCGGAGAAAUCAUUGUAUGGUCAUGUUUCUUAAAUAAAACUGGAUCCUACAAAGCAAAUGCAGUGGGCUCCAUACACCAUUUCUUCACGGGCCACGAUGGGUCAGUAUUCGAUGUCCGCAUCUCUCCCCAGAUCCCGACCUUGAAAGGAGAUCAAUCUGGAAGGAUACUGGCCAGUUGCAGUGACGAUAGAACUGUGAGGAUUUGGGAUAUAUCAGAUUGUGAACGCAAAACAGCCGAAGAACCCUCUGCAUACUCCACAGACGGAUUUGAAUUGCGAAGCACUGGCUUUGGUCCUGUUAAGGCAGGCGAGGAAAGCGUUGGAUCCGAGUCAUGUGUGGUCCAGGAGUUUGCGCACACCUCUCGAAUUUGGGGUGUCCAUUUCAGGACCAUCGAAAAUGAUAGCCAAACUCAUAUGGGGUUGGUUUCUCGUGGAGAGGAUUGCACAUGCGUUUUGUGGGACCUAAGCUGGCACUCAUCAUCCACUGGGAUGACUGAUUAUCAGCUCAGGCGAAUUUCUUCAAUGCAAACACAUAUUGGAAAGCACAUUUGGUCUCUGGAUCUUUGCAGAAUUGGUUCUGAGACUGUGGUUUACACUGGAGGUGCCGAUGGUGCAUUGAAAAGUUUCCCCAUCAAAGAAAAUGACAAUGAACAUCUAGGCAAUGGCCCUGAUGCUUCUUUCCAUCGAUUGCCUAACUUACAAGUAAAGGCAAAGAAGAAUCCCACAACCGAGGGGUCAAAAGCUUUUGCAUUUGUCACCCAAGACUGCCUUCUUCGCAUUUCGACCCAAGGUCAGAUCCAGCUUGGACAUCUCGACCCGGCAGAGGAGACUGCGAUUGCUUGGGAGACAAUGUGUGAAACACCUGAUCUCGCUUCUUUUGCCGUUCUGACUACUUUGCCUCAAAUGUGCCUAGCAUUGAUCGGUAGUUGCCGAGGAUUCAUUCGACUCUAUAAUCACGCUACGAAAUCUGUCAUCAACAUCACAGACGUUGGCAACAGACCCCUUGGAUUAUUCUUCCUUCCGACUCAUUCUUCUAAGAUGGACACCUUGAACACUUCUGAAAAAAUCAGCUUCCUCGUCUGUUACCCUACUGGGGAAGAAAUAACACUCGUCAACGUCUUCGGCUGGAACAGCGAUUAUCCAAAUGCCGAAACAAUCACCUUUAGCCUACCAUCAUCAUUUGUGGUUUGCUGUGCGUCUUUCAUCUUCAAUGGCCAAUAUUUGAUAGUAGGAUCAAAAUUAGGCGCGCUUGCCAUAUACAACACCUCCGAGGCUAAGCCCGUAUUGGUCAACCGACGUGUUCAUGGCCGGGACUUUGUUAAUCACAUUAGCGUCGUCACAUCUGCUACUACGAGUGAUACCAUAAACUCGGACUUUGUAUUGACCUGUGGGCGAGACGGAACUUAUUGUCUCCAUGAAUUGCGGCUUUGUGGGAAGGGAACAGAUGUUGUAUCAAUGCAAACAGUGCAUCGUACAGCAUCUAUGACCGGUGGGAACAUUGAAGGUGCCUAUUUCGACAAAGCGACUGGUGAUUUCAUGUUGUACGGAUUCAGAUCCCAGGAUUUCGUCCUGCGCAAUGAGUCGAAGCUGACAGAUGUCGCAUCCAUUGCUUCAGGCGGCUUUCGCCGAGGUUGGGACUUCAUCCCAGGAGACAACAAUAACACUGCUUUGUUCGCGUGGAAAAACGGAGCUUCUUUGAUGACUACUCGCGUACGAGCUGGUGCUAGUACUUUACUUCGAGCUGGAGGUCACGGACGGGAAAUCAAAGCGAUGGAUGUUUUCAACCCUACCGAUGGAGAUCGGCCUCUGUUUGCGACUGGUGCAGAGGAUACUACUGUUCGUCUUUUCACGCCGACUUCCUCCUUGACUGCUAGUCCGUGGGGUAGCUUUGAGUGUCUGCGCGUCUUGGACACACACCGGUCUGGGAUUCAGCAGGUGACCUGGUCCAAGGAUGGAAGAUACCUGUUUACCAGUGCUGCAUAUGAGGAGUUUUUCGUGUGGAGAGUCCGCACCAUUCCCAUAUUCGGGGUUGCUACGAAAUUGAUGGCUGCCAGCCCGAAGGAAGACGUGAACUCAGAUCUUCGAAUACUUAGUUUCGAUUUGCUGGAAGUAGAUGAAGUUGACGGGGAGAAGGGUUUCCUUCUGUGCCUUGCUCUUUCAAACUCUGUUUUCAAGAUCUUUCACUUUUCGCCAUCUAACGGGGGCCAAUUCACUCUGUUGGCUCGUGGGAAAUACCUGACAAAUUGUUUGACUCAAGCGCACUUCUUGGUCACGAGUUCUUCCGUGAGCCUUAUCACCGCCGCGACUGAUGGCUACUUCACACUAUGGCAUCUAACAAGCACAAUUGAACCAUUUUACACCAUCACACAAUCCACCUUGAAGGCUAAGCACCCCUUCGACGGCUCUUCUGUCUCACCAGAAAACAUCACAUGUGAAAGUCGAUAUCAGAUUCAUUCCAACAGCGUCAAGGGGAUGGAACUGGUUCCUAUCUCAAAUAUAGCCACUGUUGUUGUGACGGGAGGUGAUGAUAACUCGCUCUCCGUGUCCCUCCUACUAACAUAUCCAUCCAACACCGGCAAAACUGCACAGGUGUCUACGGUUUCCAUCCCUGAUGCUCACGCUGCGGCAGUUAGCGCAGUCAAAGUACUCAAUCAGCAAAUCUCUUGUGAUAUCCCAUCAAAUACAGAAUCCAUUGAAAUCACCGUGGCAUCCUCUGGCAAUGAUCACCGAGUCAAAAUCUGGUCAAUCACCGUGGACCCUACAAAGCCCGGUACCCAGGGGAUCACCGUGGGAUUCUUACUGGAUGCAUACAGCUCCGUGGCUGACAUAUCAUCGGUGGGACUUAUCCAUGGGCCUGAGAAAGGCCUCCCCAUGAAGAGCCAAGCACAUGGAUCGGAAAUAAAGCAGUCACGAUUGGUUGUAUGUGGUGUGGGAAUGGAGAUGUUUGCUGCCGAAUCAGAUCGAGCCUUGUCUGCAUGA